AUGAACUCAUCUAGCCAUCGGUCGGAAAUCCUCUCCCUGUCUCGUGCUCUCGUCCUACAUCCUAUCGCAACCGUAAGCACAGCAGUUGCUUUCAUAACGCUGUUAGUCCGCGAGAUGUCAUCGAGCAUGCCACCAAUUUUGCAUUCGGCCUGGCUCCUCUCCACUUGGUUGCUGGUAUUGUCAACAAUGGCCAUCGAAACUACCCUGUUCAAGACUUUGGAAGUUGCAAUCAACUCUGCAACUAACAACGCCAAUGAUAACGCCAGAUCUUCCGAAUUGUCCCUUUGCUUCUGGCUAAUCAUAAUCGCAACUACAAUUUUGACGGGCAGCACUGUGCUCGAAGUUGCGGCGAUCCUCUCUGCGCGACGCAGAAGGAAGGCAAAAAUCAAGAUAAAACCAUCCCUUCCUGUGUUGAAUGUAUUGAACCAGUGA